AUGGCCGCGCCCCCGCCCGCCCCGCUCGCCCUGGUCGUGAUCGGCGCCACGCCCGCCGCCCUUCACCUCCUCUCCCGCCUCCCCGAUCGCAUCCUGCGCCGCUCGGCGGUGAUCGACCGGCGGGGCGCCUGGCUGGCGGGCUGGGCCGAUCGCUGCGGCCGGCUGGACGCGGAUGCGAUCAGAUGCGCCGUGACCCAGUGUCCGGGCAGGGAGCCGGGCGCGCUGGCGGCCUACGCCGAUCGGCAGGGCCGCAAUGCGGAGAUCUCAUCGCGGAGCCCGGGCUGGCGGCUGAUGCGGGAUUUUUGCGACGAAGUGGUGCUGGCGGCGCUGCCACAGGAAGUGCGGAACGUGGUGAGGGAUGAAGUGGUGGGGUUGGGGAUUUCCCGUUCGCAGAUUGGCGAGGGGGAGGGCCGAGAUCUGUGCGAGCUGGAGCUGGAGGGGGGAGGGCGGGUGCCGGCGCUGCGCGUGGUGGUGUGCGUGGACCCCUCUGAACCGAUCCGGCCGGCUUGGGUCCCGGGAUCGGGGGUCGAAAGGGCGGAUGGCAUCGCGCUGGGUGGGGAGGUGGAUUUGAGGGGAGCGGAUCUGAGCGGGGUCUCGGUGGCUAUUGUGGGCGGGGGGAUGGCCAGCGUGGUGCUCGCGGAGGGCGCCGCCCGCCGCGGGGCGCGGGAGGUGACCCUGAUCUGCCGGGGCGCGAUCAGGCGGCAGGAUUUUGAGGCAUCGCGGGGGUGGUGCGGCGCGCGACGCCUGAGGGCCUUCCUGGCGCUGCCGCCCGCGAAGAGGUUCAGGGCGGCGAUGGCCGCCCGGGGUUCGGCGUCGAUCCCACCGCAGUGCCACGCACGGCUGAGGAAGCUGAUCUCUGGCGGAGGAUGCAGGCUGCUGGAGCGGCACGAAGUGGCGGCCGCUCGAUGCAUAGGGGGCCAAUGGCGGUUGAUGGUGAUUGAUGCAUCCGCCGAUCGGCGCGUCGACAUCGAGGUGGUGGCGGAGAAGGUGUGGACGUGCUGCGGGAGCGCCGUCAACGUCGGCAGGCACGGGUUGCUUGCCAAGCUGCAGGUGCGCUGCCCCACGGCCUUGGUGGGUGGCUACCCGGUGCUGGACGACGCCAGCCUGUGCUGGCCGGGCCUGCCGCUGCACGUCCUGGGCCCCGGGGCCCUGCUGGCCCUUGGCCCGCUGGCAGGGUCGCCCGCGGGCUGGCGGCUGGCGGUUGACCGGGUGGCCGGAGCGAUGCUGACGUCAGCCUCAGGCGGCGUGACGCCAUGGGAGCGGAUACGGCAAAAGAUCGAGCAGGGGGCCCAGAAUGAGGCAGCGGAUACGGUUGUGGAUACGGCUAUGGAUACGGUCCAGGGCGAUCGAAAAAGGUGGGAAAAGUCGGAUAAUGAUCGCCAGCGGAGGGAAAGGGGGCAUUCUGCAGAUGAAUUUCUGGCCAGUUUUGGCGAAGAGAUUUUGGCCAGACGCGAGGCGGCACGCUACGCCUGGCGGGACGUUGGCUUCCAUGUCAGGAUCGACGUGCCUCUGGAGGGUGAGGUGGCGGAUGGCAGCGUGGGGGUGUUCUUCUCGGAUUCGUCCGUGGAGGCGUGGGCGGUGGCGAGCGAGGGGGGCGCGACGCGGUUCCACAUACCGAGGCUGUACAGGAGGGUGGUGGUCGAUCAGUGCGGGUAUCGAUUGGAUGCGUCAAGGGGGCGGCUGCGCAUCCGGCUGCAGAAGACAUCGGACAGCCCCUGGCACUUCCUCAAAGGCUGA